UUUUUCCCGCCUGUCUUUCUUUUGUUUAUGUGUGUGUUGUUUUUGUCAUUUGUAUUGAUUUGGUCGAGUUUGUAGGUUGGGUGAAUUGAAUUGAGUUUAAGGCAAAUUCAAGCCAAAUAUCUCAUCGAUUCCCCUUUAGACGAUUCUAAUUCAUUUGAUAGGCAUCCCUAAACAGAAGCCAUCAUGCCCAGAGUCAAAAGUUCUCCCUCUAAAUGCGUUAAAACUAAAUCUGGACAAUAUGUGAGCACUUGGUAUUUUCUUGUCAAAGGCAAGUUGAUCGACCACAGUGGACAUCCUCUUGAUAUAGUGAAACUUCGUCACCCAGCUACUGGCGAAUCCUCCAUGUUCCUAUUUAGCCCUAAAGAAGAGUCCAUUCAGGAGGUCCUUACUUUCUCAGAAAAUAAACGUUCGUGGUUUGUGAAUGACACAGUCAAUGAAGAUGGAAAACUACUUCUAUCCACUCCAUUUGAUCCUCUUUUCUUGGUUGUUCCAUACUUGGCCAAGGCUACAGCUACAGUGCCUCUUGACCAGUUGUUACAAGAUGAUCAGUUUCCUCAAAAUAAAAGACUGCUACAAUGUGCUGGCAUGAAACACUUGUCAGAAAUUGCAGAUCGUAAGGGUGAUCCAGAUAUCAAUGCUUACAAGUUCAAUGAGGAAAAACUAAUGAUUUGGCUUGAGAAAAAAAUAGAAAGGCUUACAAAAGUUCUUCAAACAAAGAAUGUUAAUGUUACGGGAGGGUCUGUGUCGGCUACAUUUGUACAAAGUUCUACUGGACAAGCUCCCAAAGAGGCCUACUUGAAAUAUGCUCAUGGAAUAAUGUCAGAAUUCCUGCCGGAGGACCUGGGCUUGAAAUUCUAUCACCAUCUUAAACUUCCACCUGAAGAGGCACCUGGCAUGAAAAGAAAAUCAGUAGUGACACCUGACCAAAAGGAUCCAAAAAAGAUGAAAUUAGAUGAUGGAAAUAACGAUCCAGCCUUAAUUCCAGUUGAUGAUUCUCCUGAAACCCAGAAAGCAGAGAAACACGUUGAAAAAUUGUCAUCCAAAGACAAGGCUCGACAGAAAGCUGCACAGGGGUCCAAAAGUAUAACAUCCUUCUUCAAGAAGUCAUAGUAACAUCUUUUGCCAGUCACGAAAUCUGUUUUCACUUGUACUGGAAGGCAAAUAGGACUCUUACACCCCUAAAAUUUUCUGUCUUUGUCACAUGAGUUUGUUAAUUUUUUGUUGCAAUAAACUAUGAGGCUUUUCAGCCUCCCAUCCCCUGUUGAACCUCUCGGUUCUCUACUAUCCCUCAUAUGUUUCCUUUGUCAUUAAAAUAUUUAUAUGCAUAAAUAAACAGUUAUUGAUAUAUAGUUAUUAUGUACUUGCUUACUAAAUUGCAAGUCAGUGCUUAAAUUUGACAUGGUUGGCAAUACAAGUUUAUCAUUUAAUUAUACUUUCUCCUACUAAAUUGUCCACUCAUGACUGUUUGCAUUAUUUUAUUCUUCCUUGUCAUGAUACAGGAAGCCCAUCAUGAUUUCCUUGUCAAAAUAAUUGACUGCCAGAUUAUAGGACAUUAUGUGGCUGUGAAAUUUAGGCAUGAAGUAGAGCCAUUGGUUAUUCAUGUUUGUAUCCCCUUUAUAUGCAUAAUUGGAUUUUGUGAAUUUUUAUCUGUCAAUGUAUGAAAGAGCAAAGCCAUUCUAGAUGACUGUGAUUCAAACAAACUGUUUCCUUGUUAUAACUGAAACUCGUAACAAAAUUGCUGUCCAAGGGUUAGUUUAAAAGUGUAUCCUGUUUUGAUCCUUCUAAUUUCUACAUCUUGGGCAGAAUUGUGUCAAUAAACUAUAUCACUCAAACUGAG